AUGAGGGCUUCCUCGCUGUCUAGGCCUGCGACGGCAGUUGCGGUAUCUGCUCUUUUCAGCACUUGGCAGUUGCCGACCGCCAAUGCAUUCACAGCUACACCCGUAUCACUGCCUAAUUUAGAUUUAUCGCCAUUAGGACGAGUCGCGCUUACCGGUAACUUCGACUCGAUAUCAAUUUACUCAUAUUUAGAAGAAAAGGAGUCGGCUCCUUCGACCAAUGGCUGUCAAUCACUACUCACAACUCUACCCAAUGGGGACAUCACGACAUUAUUGUCUGCCGACGCGGAUAUUCUGGCCAUGUGCUCGUGGACGCGUAAGGAUGGCAGUUUCGAAGGCAUUGUUGUUGGAGGUAAUUUCACAAGCUUAGGAGGCAUUAAAGCACAAGGCCUGGCGUUGUAUGACCCAACAUUAAACAGUGUGCGGAAUAUUUCUGGGCUGUCCGGUGUUGUGCAAGCUUUAUUGUGUGACCAGGACUCCGACUCAGUCUAUGUUGGUGGUAACUACAUGGUUGAAAACUCGACAAACGCAAUGAUCUGGAAUGGUGCCACCGGUUGGCAAGCGCUUCCUUUCGGAGGAUUCAAUGGUCCGAUUUCGUCGAUCGUCAAGAACUCGGAAGGACAUAUCAUUUUCGGCGGAAAGUUUGAUGGCUUAGGAAAUGUAUCAACUUCAGCCGCCACGAACAGCUCUCAGGUGGUGAACUUAUCCACGGCCAAAAUCACGAGCGACGCCCAAACAAGUCUAUCUGGCUUUAUCGACCCUCGCAAUAUCAUUUGCAAAUCAGACGACGCAGAUAGCUCAGGCAGCACGUGGUUACUCGCAGACUACUCCCCUGGUUUUUGGCAGGCACAGAUGGGCUUCACUUUCUACCCAAGCAAGAUUCGCUUAUCCAACACCCAUUACCAGGGACGAGGCACUCAGUCCUUCCGUUUUCAAGCUUUGCCGGAUACAGGCAUCAUGAACCUGACCUACAUAGAUCCUUCAACUGGCCAAAGGGCAUUCUGCGACUCUGAAUGUCCUCUUUCAAACGACACUUCUGAGCCUUAUCGCGAUUUCGAAUUGGUCAACCCCGUGGGUAUGUCUGGGUUUAUGAUCCAAGUGCUGAGUUGGUAUGGUCAGGGUGCUGGUCUUGACGGGAUUGAAAUCUUCCAAUCUCAGGUAUUCACCUAUGCUGUCAACGACUUCAAUGAGCCGGCAUGCACAGGAAUCAAGUUUCCGGCAACCUCCACCACAACGGGUAACUGGACGGUGACAUCCGCUGGCGCCUCAUCCGAUUAUAUGAUUGCCGAUGCCUCCCAGUCUGAUGUCUCAAUUACCUUCAAGCCAGAUAUUCCUCAAUCUGGCAACUACUCAGUCCUUCUGUACACCCCUGGCUGUUCAGAUGCGGGCUCUUGUUCAUCUCGGGGCAUUGUCAACGUUUCAGCAACUUUCAGAUCAACAGAGCCAAAGGCGACCCUCGACACGUCGAUAAUAUAUCAGACUAAUAAUUUUGAGAAGUACGACACCAUCUAUUCCGGUUAUAUUGAAGCGAAUAGCGACAGUUUCCGGUCGGAGAUUACCGUCACCCCAAUCGCAGGACAAGGCAAUAUUCAAAUUGUGGCAUCCCGUGUAGGUUUCCACUUGUUGGGCUCUACUAGUACAGGGGGUUUGAAUGGUCUCUUUGACUACGACCCCUCAAAUGUGACGAAUACCGAAUUCUCGACCAACAGUAUCGACAGCAUUGGAUCCAAUCUAGACAAUGGAGCGACUAUCUACAGCCUGGUUCAAUCUGGAGAUGUAACAUACGCAGCAGGAAACUUUUCCCACCCUUCCUUGAACAACAUCCUAUCGUUCACUGCUAGCGGCAAUGCUACUUCCCUCGGCGAUGGUGGUUUGAAUUCUUAUGUGAAGUCCUUACUCCUGCUUGACAGCACUCUUUAUGCGGCAGGAAACUUCACAAACACCGCUCAAGGUAGUGCGCGAGGUUUCAAUCACGUUGCAGCCUAUUCUACAUCUAGCAAAACCUGGUCUCCACUUGGAGCAGGUGUAAAUGGGCCUGUUAAUUCCAUCUUGACAUUCCCCAUCAACUCAACAAAUGGAACGACUGAGAUAACAGUGGCACUUAGCGGCUCUUUUGAUGAAAUCUUAGCAUUUGGAUCUUUUGCGUCUAUCAAGACAUCGGGCUUUGCUGUUUGGGUUCCAUCUGAGAAUAACUGGCUACAGAACCUGAAUGUUAAUGUGAUGGCCUACUCUGGUCAGUUAACGGCAACUGUCGGUGUUGGAAAUAACACCACGAUCCUUGCCGGGUCUCUUAUAUCUAAUGGCAUAUCUGCUAGAGGUGCCGUAUCUCUGACAAAUUCCGACGGUCUAGCAAUCCAGCCCCUUCCCGUGAACAUUCAAGAAGCAAAGUCCAGUAGCUCAACUUCAAAACGGGAUUCAGUGGCGCAAAAUGUAUCUGAAGUCCUUGUGGGCUACUUUGAUACCAGCAACAGGCGGAAUCUCACUAUUCUAGGUGGACAAUUUACUGCCACAGCUACUGACGGCACCACUGUCCAGAAUCUUAUUUUCCUGGACGGCUCCAAGAACGAUACUGUGACAGGUCUCCCGUCUGGGGUAGACAGCAACUCGACCUUCACAACUCUAGCAGUUUACAAAGACACUUUAUUCGCGGGCGGUGCAGUUACUGGUAGUGCCGGAUCAUCGACUCUCAAUGGCUUUGUAGCUUACAAUCUCUCUACGCCAGGAUUUGCUUCUCCACAGCCGCCGGCAUUGACUGGAAAAAAUGUUGUUGCGAACAGUAUUGUUGUUCGCCCUAGUUCGACUGAAGUCUACUUCGGCGGUGUCUUUGACGCCGCUGGUGCUUUACCAUGCCCAGCGGUAUGUGUAUGGGAUACAUCUGAUGGCCAAUGGAGUCGACCUGGCGUGGAUAUGCAAGGCUCUGUGACUUCUCUUCAAUGGGCCAGUGACAACCAGUUGAUCGCUGCUGGUAAUCUUACCGUUGGUAGCAACCAAACAAUGGUUGCAACAUACGACACUAGCUCCCAAAAGUGGGCUUCCGUCGAGGGCGCCUCGCCAUCCGAGAUUCCUGGUGCGAUCAGCGCAUUCGGUCCUGCUGCUACAGACAUGUCGUCGUAUUGGAUAGCUGGACAAGACUCCAACGGUUCGACUUUUUUGAUGGAAUACGAUGGUUCCAAGUUCAACAGUGCCGGACAGCUUUUCGGCGCAUCUACUACCAUCCUUGGUUUACAAGUCGUGGGCCUCAGCACCAAUCAUAAAAACACUGAUUUAUUAAACGAUGACCAGGUUCUCCUCAUCACUGGCCAGUUGGUCAUUCCCCAUUUUGGAAAUGCCUCCGCCGCUCUGUACAAUGGCACUGCGUUGACCCCUUUCAUUCUUUCGUCAACUGCACGUGGAGAAGCAGGAACUAUUCGAGGGAUGUUUACAGAGAAGCAGAAUACAUUCAGCGGUAAAAAAUCUCCACGUCUCUCGGCAGGACUUGUUGUCCUUAUUUCCUUUUGCAUUGCCCUUGGAUGUGUCUUCUUGAUCGUUGCAUUGGGUAUCAUCCUCAGCAGAGUGCAACGAUAUCGACAAGGAUAUGUGCAGGCGCCGACUGCAUUCCAAACAGAUCGACCAACCAGCAUGCGAAGGGUACCUCCAGAAUACCUUCUCGACUCGCUAAGGCAACGCCAUUCCGGUGUUCCUACACUAUGA